ACCUAUCAGAAAAACAAAAAUUGGUACCGUAAAACAAACAUCACACCAUCUUUUUUUUUUUUUUUUUUGAGAAAGGGCUUUCAUCAUCACCAUCUUCUUAAGUGAUUUCACCAUCUUCCACCUCCAACUUACAUAGACAGCUCCUUUCCACCUGUUUUCUCUCUAUAUUUUCUCUUUUAUACUCUCCGACAAAACAAAACACACAAGAGACCCAGAAAAGAGUGUUUGAAACCAAAACAACAGCGUAGACGCCAUCAUGGGUUCUUCUGCUUCUAAAACCUCUUCUUCUUCGUGUUGCUCGGCGUCAAACUCACCUCCGGUGACGAAACACAACUCCAAGUUCCCGUCGUUGUCGUCGCCUGCGACUGUUCCUAGAGCUUUCUCAUUUCCAAUGCUGCCGGUACAUCAUCCACCGGCUAAAAAAGGCGACACGCACCACCUCGUCUCUCUUACAUCCACCACUUAUGGUUCUCUUCAAAUCACCGAUCUCGAAGGACCCUCGGACAGACAAACAUUUCCUCAUAUGUCCGUGUCCGGGAAGAAUAACAAGAAGACGCAUGAGCCAGAGGGGUCACGCGACUCGUUAUCUCCUGACUCAGUGAUUAACACAUGGGAGCUCAUGAACGACCUCGAGGACGACUAUUUGGAUAACUGCAACGAUUCGGUCAUGUCUUUCUCUGAACUCACCGCGGAUCAUGACGUUGGUGUUAAUGGGUCUGCACUGAAACCAGACGAUUCUUAUGAAUUCGUGAGAAUGGAAGAAGAUGAGGAAGAUUGGAUUCCACUGCCUUCUAAACCUAAGCAGCCUCUGUGGAAACAUCUAGCUGAAGAAUCGUUUCUCUCUGAUUUGGAUCCUAACAUCAUCUCAUCUUACAAGAGAGCAUUGUCUUCAAGACAACUAGGUAAAGACACGAAACCAACCAGUUUACUAGAAUAUGUACGUUUGAGUUCACUGAGUUCUCAAUCUUUGGAAGAGCAAGAGAAACCAAGACUGUCUGAAACAGAGGGUGACAAGAAGAAGAUAGUAUUGUACUUCACUAGCCUCAGAGGAAUCCGAAAGACUUAUGAGGAUUGCUGUUGCGUAAGGAGUGUAUUGAGAGGGUAUCAGGUUAAGGUAGAGGAACGUGACAUCUCAAUGGACUCCAAAUACAGGAAAGAGCUUCAGAUUGCGCUCGGAGAGGAGAAACCGGUUUGUUUGCCUCAGGUGUUCAUAAGAGGAGUCCACAUUGGUGGAAUGGAGGAGGUCAAGAAACUCAACGAUGGAGGUGAGCUAGGUGAGAUAUUGAAAGGGUUUCCUGUUUGUGAUUUCGUAGGAGCUUGUGGAUGCUGUGGGGAUGCAAGGUUUGUGCCGUGUACUAGUUGUGGUGGUAGCACCAAAGUGUUUGAGGAACAAGAAGAUGCGUUUAAGAGAUGCAAUAUAUGCAAUGAAAAUGGAUUGGUACGUUGUAAGAAAUGUUGUCUCUGGUGAUUGGAUUUGGUUGAUUGAUUGAUGUGAAGAGAAAACAAAACAUUUAGGGAUAUACUUGUGAUUUGAGAUGUGUUUUGGUCGGUUGUGAUUUUUGAAUGAAUUGAUUGUGUUUUGUA